AUGGAAGGCACCUACGUCAUCUUGAUGCCCCCUUGGCGAGCCGGAGACACCUCUAUCCAGCGUGUCCUGACGCGUGCUCGAGUAGAGAUCUGGUUGCUUGGAGAGAUAGGGUGGCGGUACGGAUUCAUCAUGGCAAACGUCACGGACCUGGCACAUCGUUCGGCAUUUGCACUAGGAGGGGGAUGGGGAAUUGUUGUGGCUGAAGUGCGAGUUUCAGUGGCGGCAGAUGGGAGUUUCGGGGCGGUAGGGGUUGAGGCGCGCUGGGGCGGCGCUAAAUGUACUUCGGUGCGCUGGGGCGGCGCUAAGUCUAUUUCGCUGUGGCGAAAGCCGUCUCGGACGGAAAGCGCGCGCAAGGCACCUCCGGACGACGUUCCCGAGCUG